ACAUGGACUCAGCGACCAUGGCCACUCACUCAGCUUCGAUGCGACCACUGACAGAAGAAGCCAUGCUCAACGUGAUCGCCAUGGCAGCAUCAUCACUCAUCCAAGCCCCCUCACUCACUCCAGACCAUGGCCAACAUCCCCCCUCCCUCCCUCCCUUCCUGGCUCAUGAGCAAGGACGCUGCUCCACCACGCCAUAAAUUCGUCCCCAGUUGCAGAUCUUCGUGAGAGCUUGAUGCCCCUGGGUGAAGACGAUAAAAUCCCCUACUUGCAAUGAGCCACUACGUCUCCAUUGGAAUUGCUCCGUCUGUCUGUCUCCCUGUGUGAGAGCUGGUGUUGCAGAUGAGAGGGCGCUGGAAAAGCUCGAAACUCAUGAUCACAGUGUGCUGGUGGUGGGUUUUCUUUCCUGUGAAGGAAAAUGCCAGUCGUUUUGGGUGGAGAUAGAAUUGGCGAAGUAGAAGCAAAGCAAAGCGAGAAAGAAAAGAAGCAGAGGUGCCCGGGCUGGGGCUUUCCUGUUCGCGGAAUUCCCGUUGUUGAAGUGGAACGAAAGCUCCCUUGUGGCCUUGACGUUGAUUGAUGGCGGGCUGGACUGGUUAUGUUCGUUUAUUUCUUCGCUUCCGCCGGAUGAUUGACUGUUGAUUGUUGCUUGUAUCUCAAGACCGACGCUGUUUGCGUUUUGUAUUUCUGUGGGAGAUCUGAGCCUGGUGGAGCUGAAGAGUUCGACGUUGGAGGUGUUGGAGGGACAGAUCUAGCACAGGAUUCGUCGAAGCGUUUGGAAGGAGUUACGACAGCAAGUUGGUGAGCGGGAAGCUGGUUUGCUGGAUCUGUGGGAGGAUUUAAUGGUCUGUUCAACCUUCAAACUUUUCUGGGUCAGGCAUUGAGGAGCUGAUUGUAUCGUUUUGGGGAGGCACUUGCAGCUGUAUCUAGCGUGGAGUUUCGUUCAAGGUCGUGGGCUGUAGUAAUGUGAGAAGAGUGAAGGAAAUUUCGACUGUCGCCAGAGUUGUGAAAUAUUUGCCGCGAGGCAUUUGAAGCACUCUUUUUUCGGGGGGUAGGGGAAGUAGUGUAGGGGGUCUCAAGGAUUUCCCAUUCACUGGGCUUGAACAAUUUGUCGAAUGUGCGGAUGGGAAAUUGAGGUUUGAGUUUGAUAAAAAAGGAGCAGAGGACAAGACUUCAGAGAGGUGGAUGGGGACUUCCAAAGUGAGAUGGUGCAAGUACAGGAUCUUCAUCGCAAUCCUUAUUGCAGCAUCCAUAACAGCAGCAGGGUUGUUAGGUUUUCACAAACCUUAUGCCAAAGGAUGUAUCAUGACUUACAUGUACCCCACGUACAUUCCUGUCCCGCUGCCGAAUAAUGCCACAGGCGGCAAAUAUUCUCUAUAUCUUUAUCACGAAGGCUGGAAGAAAAUUGAUCAUCAGCUCCACCUUGUCAAAUUGUCGGGUGUUCCAGUUCUUUUCAUCCCUGGCAAUGGUGGUUCUUACAAGCAAGUGCGAUCCAUAGCAGCAGAAUCAGAUAGGGCAUACAAUGGGGGUCCACUGGACGCUCAGUAUUAUCAUCAGUCGUCCUUCACGCCUCUUGAAGCUGAAUCAGUGGAAGAUUUUUCGAGUUUUUCAGAGCUCUUGGGUAGAUCCAAACCGGAUGGUCGGUAUGCAAAUCACCUGGAUUGGUUCACCGUCGAUUUGGAGGGGGAACACUCAGCUAUGGACGGGUGGAUCCUUGAAGAGCAUUCCGAGUAUGUUGUGCAAGCUGUUCACCGGAUUCUUGAUAGGUAUAGAGAGUCUUUGGAAAUGAGGUCCAAGCAUAAUGAUGACAAGGGGGAGAUUUCGCCCACAAAUGUCAUCUUGGUUGGGCACUCUAUGGGUGGCUUUGUAGCAAGGGCCGCAGUGGUCCAUCGAGAUAUCCGACCUGGAAGUGUUCGAACUGUUCUCACUCUGUCGAGUCCCCACAGAUCACCUCCCCUGGAAGUUCAGCCUUCGUUUGGACGCUUCUUUUCGAAAGUUAAUGAUGCUUGGAUACAAGGUUUUAAGGGUAGUGUGUCAAAUGGAGGUCAUUGGUCGAGGCCCACUUUAUCAGAUGUUGUAGUCGUGUCGAUAGCUGGAGGUUCGCGAGAUUAUCAGGUACGGUCAAGAAUGGCUUCUUUGGAUGGAAUCGUACCUCCUACUAAUGGUUUAACUAUUGGUACAACAAGCAUGGUGAACGUAUUUCUCUCUACAGAACACCAAAGCAUUUUAUGGUGUAAUCAAGUGGCUAUGCAGGUCUCGCACACACUGCUGCAGCUGAUAGAUAAGAAAACAGGGCAGCUGAUGAUAAACCCACAUGAAAGAAUGGCCGUCUUUGUGACUAACUUGCGUAGUGCAUUACCUUCUUCUUUUGGUUGGUUACCCAGCAUCGAUUCAAGGAUUCCGUUAACUUUUCUUAGAGCAACCCGUACCGGAAGAGAGGAUCAAGCUUUUGGUAGAGACAAAGGGGAAAUCGAAGUGGAUGAGUCAAUAUCAAGUAACAAAAAGAUGACUGCAGAGAAACAUCGAGGCACGCCAAUCCAGGAUCUAUUUGCAUGCCCAUCUCAUGUUUUUUGGCUGAAGGAAGUGCCUCAGUCAGAUCUCUAUAUUAAGUCGAACAUCAUGACUGUGCUGGCAAUGGAUGGUAGACGAAGAGUUAUGGACAUCGAAAGAUUCGCUAAGGAUGGUGAUUGGUUUAUUUUAGCAACAAACUUGGCACCAUGUGUGGGUGUACGUGUACAUUUAUGGCCUGGUAGUGCCAAACCUGGUGGUUUUCUUGAUUUUGAGAAAGCAGUGGAAAUGAGUACGAAGAUGACUGAAAUUCCAACAGGUCCCAUUCAACGCCAGACUGAGCCGGGAGGACAGACGGAGCAAGCUCCUCCCUCAGGAGUUUUACGCUUUAGACCCAGCGAUUUACAUGGCUUCCAGUUUUUGACAGUUUCUGUAGCUCCACGACCGAGUGUUCGAGGAACACCUCCACCUACAGCAACUAUGGCUGUAGGGCAGUUUUUUAACCCCAAGAAGGGAAAGAUGGCUAUGUCACCCUUGGAUUUAAUAUCCACGAUUUAUAAAAAGCAGGAGGUUUUACUUGAGGAGGGUCAUGCAAUGUUCUGGAAUUUGUCCAUCGCUGUGUCGGCCGGAACUUUGCCAGUAAAUUUGACUGUCAAGACUCUAAGUUGUGGCAUUCAGGCAACAGUACUUGCUAAGGACAAUCCAGGCCCUGAAGAACUGCUCAAACUUUGCAGAGGUCGAUGCUUUCCUCCAGUUGCUCUUGUUUGGGACCCUCCUUUCGGCUUGGAAGUCCUUCCAAAUCUGGAUUCUGAAAUCGUAGUGGUAGAUUCUGCGCCUGGAAUUUGGGGAACAAGUUACGGCUCUGAGCACACAACAAUAGUUCUCUUGGUUGACCCGCACUGUUCAUAUAGAGCAAGCGUUGAGGUGUCGUUAUCAACAGCUUCUAGUCGCUUUGUUCUCGUGUAUGGACUACAGAUCACCGGUUUGACUGUGGCAGUGAUUCUAUUUGCCCUCAUGCGUCAAGCACGAGCUUCUGAACGGGACGUCAUGGUUCCAUCAGUUGUUUCAUGCAUUGAAGCAAACCUACGCUCUCCAUUUCCACUAAUUUUUUUGGCACCUGGGCUCUCGGUUAUUUACCACUUACUUUCUACAUUUGGAACAGAGACUCCUCCAUCUUUGAUUAGUUUCCUGGGUGUCUCUUUUGUGUCUUACAUCUUUGCAAACGGUGUUGUUGCUGCGCUUGCAAUCGUCAGCAGCAUUGUAUUCCAGAUUGCAUCUUUUAUCCAAGUCUUCUUCAAGCUAAGGUUUCAGGCAUAUGAGGGUCGGCCUAGAGCUCGAGAGCCAGCUCAAUUGCGCGGAUGCUCACUGGUGAUUAAGAAGCUGAGAGAAAGACCAUUACUAGCUCUGGUUGCCGGAAUUUCUGUGCUUCUUGUUUUCGUUCAUCCUAGCGUAGGUCUCAUCGUGUUAUUGUUGGUCCAUGCUUGGAACUGCCAAACUGCUCUUUGCAGCCACCGGCUACACAAGACUCUUUUGUGGAAUGCGAAAAAGGAAGACUCGGGUGAUGAGUCGAGUAAUCCUGCCGUCUUUAUUGACGGAGAUAAUCAUCUGGAGACUUAUCGAUACCGUCAAGGACUUUUACUGCUACAUCUCGUAACCGCUAUUAUGCUUGGCCCUUCCCUGGCUGCAUGGGUCCAGAUAUCUGGAUUGGAUCGAACUCCACCCUCACUUCUUGAUUUACUUCUAUGCUUUGGUAUUGUGCUACACGGGCUGUAUUUCAGCACUUUAGACCCCAACAUUACUUUCGUCCCACUAUCAUCUGUGUUUGGCUCAAGUACUCCUGAAGCUGGUUUCAGUUUCAUUUAUGGCAUCUUCGGCUUGUAUUGUUACUAUGCUGGAUUAGCAAUGGCUCCGUACAAGGCAUUCUAUGCACUUGCUUUAAUUGGUGCAGUAACCGCAGUCCUUAGAUUUAAGGAUACACAAGCUGGAGGACUAAAAGCAGAUGUGUUCGGAAAGAGACGGCACCCUCAUACGCAUAGACAUUGAUUUGUUAUUUCUACUAACUUGAUUCAACUCGGUACAAUCAGUAAUCGAUAAUUCAUUGUAGAGGAUUCGGCAACUUUUCAGGUUGUCUGGUGUUUCUAAAUUGAACUUUCAGCGGGCCAGCAACUACUGGCUCUUAAGUAGUCAAAAGGAGCUGUUUCUUAUAAGAAAUCUUCAAAGCUUCUUGCUCUAGAGCAAUUGACUUUUAUUGCUUCAACCCAUUAGUGCUUGUCAAGCAGAUAGAGACAAGCAUCAAUCAUUGAAGUGUUCAAGUUUAGGUGAUAGUAUUUGAGUAAAUCCAAGCAUCAACCCAGGGGGUUAAGAAUAUGAGAAUUUCACAAACAUAUGGGGAUUUUGCACAUUGUGAAUUUUAAAUCUCAAUUGAUUAUCUUUAUUAUCAUACA